AUGGCACCUCUAAGGAUUCUUGCUUUUCUUGCUUUAAUUGGAGUUUGCAGGAAUCAGACUUCAGACUGCUCCUACAAGGCGCUGCUGGAACAUUUAAACCUGACAACGAAUAACAGAGCUCUGCAGAUAACACGGCCCGUGAAAAACUGGACCAGCUCCACGCUGGUCCAGCUCAAGAUGUCUCUGUACGGCAUCUUAGACGUGGACGAGAAAGCUCAAAGCGUCGUAUUUCACAUCUCUAUCAACAUGUUCUGGUUAAAUGAAUUCCUGAGGUGGAAUUCCUCCGAGUUUUGCGGGAUCGACAGCUUGACCCUCCCGAGAUCGGCGCUCUGGAUCCCAGACGUCUCCAUCCACGAGGACGCGUCGGACUCCGGCAGCGUCCUGGAGGAUCCGCUGGUCCACCUGAGUCCCAGCGGUCUGGUUCUGGCAAACCUGCGGCAGCGGCUGACCUUCACCUGCCAGCUCAAGCUGUACCGCUUCCCCUUCGACCGGCAGCGCUGCAGCAUCACGCUGUCGUCCAUGUGCUGCCAGGACGAUUAUAUCAAAGUAGGAACGUUCCAAAACAGCACGACUUUCUCAAACCUGCCCGACGAGUCAAAGAUAAAGGAGGGAGAGUGGAGACUCGUGGCCAUGGAAUCGGCCGAGUUCACUAUUCUCCAGAGGAAUUCAACGAAAAGCAUCCUCCGAUACACGGUCACGUUUCAGAGGAAGCCGUUUCUGUACAUCAUCAACUUCAUCGUGCCGCUGCUGUUCCUGCUGUUCCUGGACGUGGGCUCCUUCUUCAUCAGCGAGGCCCGAGGGGAGAAGCUGAGCUUCAAGGUCACCGUGCUGCUGUCCAUCUUCGUCAUCCUGCUGAUCCUCAAGGACAUCCUGCCGUCCACCGAGGACUAUCUGCCCAUCAUGGCGUCCUACUGCGUCUCCGUCUUCAGUCUGGUGUGGGUCAGCGUCCUGGAGGCCAUGCUGGUCAACUUCCUCGUGGACCUGGACUCUGAGUCCUCCGGAGACGGGGAGGUGGAUCUCCAGCAGGAAUCCGACCUCCCGCCGGCUGGGCCCGGCGACCAGAACCUGCUGAAACGGAUCCUGGAUCAGCUGAAAGCAGCUGGACGGAACAAGGACCAGAGGAAACCCGGCUGCUACAGGAGGCUGGCGAAAAUCAUCGACGUCGUCUUCUUCCUCCUUUAUUGUGCCGUUAUUAUAACUUCUCAGAUUAGCAUGUUUUCACUCUGGGUCACUGAAGCCGACUGACGGUGAUCAAAUCCUGCACGUUUGUUGACCCGGUCAGAACCUGAUAACCCAAAUCCUCAUAUUCAUCUAGCAGUAUACCUGUCUGUUUAGGGAUUACAUGACCAUUUCUGCUCUUUAAUCCUGUACAUUUCCGCUUUAAAG